AUGCCGAUUUUGUCCGCCUCCCGACGAGUCCUCCGGUACCGCAUCGCCCGAGCCCUGCUCAUAAUCUUCGCAAUAUGGAAUCUUGCCGAGAUACAUCUGAUUCAACACCGAAUUCACGAAGUAGAUCACGCUAUCCCCCGACACCGGCCGCAAAAGCAAGAACGAAUAUAUAUUGCAAGCAUCAAUUGGAACAAUGAGCUCGUAUUACGCAGUCACUGGAUCAAGGCACUCACACAGCUGGUCAUGAGGCUUGGUCCGGAAAAUGUAUUCAUCAGCAUCUACGAAAGCGGGAGCUAUGAUAACACGAAAGGCGCGUUGAGAGAACUAGAUUGGGAACUCGAGCGGAUGCGGGUACCACGAAAUAUCACUUUGUCGCCUGUCACACAUGAAGAUGAACUAGCCGCACCGGCGAGGGGUGAGGGCUGGAUUCACACUUCCAAUGGGAAGAAACAACUCAGACGAGUGCCGUAUCUGGCGCGGACACGGAACUUAAGCUUGCUGCCUCUGCGAGAUCUCGCACGACAGGGUAUCACAUUUGAUAAAGUUCUGUUUCUGAAUGAUGUUGUCUUCACGCCGAACGACGUUCUUGAACUCCUAUAUACUAAUAACGGCGAAUACGGCGCUGCUUGCUCGUUGGAUUUCUCUAAGCCUCCGAAUUAUUAUGACACAUUUGCUCUCCGGGAUAGCGAGGGCCAUGAACCCAUCAUGCAGACAUGGCCCUAUUUCAGCUCUGCGGUAUCGCGACACGCCGUGAAAAAAUUGUCUCCUGUUCCUGUAACGAGUUGUUGGAAUGGCAUGGUGGCAAUGCCCGCAAGUCCAUUCAUCGACAGCCCACCACUUCGUUUCCGAGGCAUCCCUGAUUCACUGGCGAGCUAUCAUCUUGAAGGCUCGGAAUGCUGUCUCAUUCAUACAGACAACCCACUAUCAGUGGAAAUGGGUGUUUAUUUGAACCCUUUGGUGAGGGUUGGGUAUAGCGGUGCCGCAUAUACAGCUAUGCAUCCGGUGAUGAACUGGCUCUCUGCGAAAGCGAUUCUACAAGGGUUGUGGGUCAAUCGACUGCGCCGUUUGGGUGUCACUUCAUGGCUGAAAGAAGAAGUAGUUCGAAGGCGGUUGAACGCCUGGAGAGCUUUGAGUACUAGGAAUGAAGAACGUGGGGAGAUUUGCAUCAUCAAUGAGAUGCAAAUUCUGCAUCGAUACGGGUGGGCCCAUGUGUGA